UGACGUAGUGUCGCCGGCGCGGGCGGGUGACGCCAACUGGGCCCGUUGUCUGUGUGUGGGGCUAGGGGCCCCGGGACAGCGGGGGCUCCCGGCGCGGGCGGCGGUGGGUCGGGAGGGCCUGGACAUGGCGCUGAGGGGCCGCCCCGGUGGAAGAUGAAUAAGGGCUGGCUGGAGCUGGAGAGCGACCCUGGCCUCUUCACCCUCUUGGUGGAAGAUUUCGGUGUCAAAGGGGUGCAGGUGGAGGAGAUCUAUGACCUUCAGAGCAAAUGUCAGGGCCCAGUGUAUGGAUUCAUCUUCCUGUUCAAAUGGAUCGAAGAACGCCGAUCCCGUCGCAAGGUGUCUACCUUGGUGGAUGAUACGUCUGUGAUUGAUGAUGAUAUUGUGAAUAACAUGUUCUUUGCCCAUCAGCUGAUCCCCAACUCUUGUGCCACUCAUGCCCUGCUGAGCGUGCUCCUGAACUGCAGCAGUGUGGACCUGGGGCCCACCCUGAGUCGCAUGAAGGACUUCACCAAAGGCUUCAGCCCGGAGAGCAAAGGAUAUGCGAUUGGCAAUGCCCCAGAGUUGGCCAAGGCACAUAAUAGCCAUGCCAGGCCUGAGCCACGCCACCUCCCCGAGAAGCAGAAUGGCCUUAGUGCUGUGCGGACGAUGGAAGCGUUUCACUUUGUCAGCUAUGUGCCUAUCACGGGCCGGCUUUUCGAGCUGGAUGGGCUGAAGGUCUACCCCAUUGACCAUGGGCCCUGGGGGGAGGAUGAGGAGUGGACAGACAAGGCCCGGCGGGUCAUCAUGGAGCGAAUCGGCCUUGCCACCGCAGGGGAGCCCUACCACGACAUCCGCUUCAACCUGAUGGCGGUGGUGCCCGACCGCAGGAUCAAGUACGAGGCCAGGCUGCAUGUGCUGAAGGUGAACCGUCAGACAGUACUGGAGGCCCUGCAGCAGCUGAUCAGGGUAACACAGCCAGAGCUGAUUCAGACCCACAAGUCUCAAGAGCCACAGCUGGCUGAGGAGUCCAAACCAGCCAGCAGCAAGUCCCCGCUGGCGCUGGAGGCAAGCAGGGCCGCAGCGGCCUCCGAGUGCACUCACACAGACGGUGUGGAGGAAGUGGCUGGUUCCUGCCCCCAAGCCCCAGCCCACAGCCCUCCCAGCAAACCCAAGCUGGUGGUGAAGCCUCCUGGGAGCAGCCUCAAUGGGGUUCCUCCCAACCCCGCUCCCAUUGUUCAGCGGCUGCCGGCCUUUCUGGACAAUCACAACUAUGCCAAGUCCCCCAUGCAGGAGGAGGAAGACCUGGCAGCAGGUGUGGGCCGCAGCCGAGUUCCAGUCCGCCCCCCCCAGCAGUACUCGGACGACGAGGAUGACUACGAGGAUGAUGAGGACGAUGACGUGCAGAACACCAACUCUGCCAUCAGGUACAAGCGAAAGGGGCCAGGGAAGCCAGGGCCUCUGAGUGGCUCUGGGGACGGGCAGCUGUCGGUGCUGCAGCCCAACACCAUCAAUGUCUUGGCUGAGAAGCUCAAAGAGUCCCAGAAAGACCUCUCAAUUCCUCUGUCCAUCAAGACAAACAGCGGGGCGGCAAGCCCAGCCGUGGCGGUCCCCACACACUCGCAGCCCUCGCCCACCCCCAGCAACGAGAGCACGGACACAGCCUCCGAGAUCGGCAGUGCUUUCAACUCGCCGCUGCGGUCGCCCAUUCGCUCAGCCAACCCGACGCGGCCCUCCAGCCCUGUCACUUCUCACAUCUCCAAGGUGCUUUUUGGAGAGGAUGACAGCCUGCUCCGUGUUGACUGCAUCCGCUACAAUCGCGCUGUACGCGACCUCGGUCCUGUCAUCAGCACGGGCCUGCUGCACCUCGCUGAGGAUGGGGUGCUGAGUCCCCUGGCACUGACAGAGGGUGGGAAGGGUUCCUCACCCUGCAGCAGACCGAGCCAAGGCAGCCAGGGGUCCAGUAGCCCGGAAGAGAAGGAGGUAGUGGACACUGCGGACAGCAGAGAGAAGCCUGGGUUGGCCAGGCCUGGUGAGCCCUUGAGUGGGGAGAAGUACUCACCCAAGCUGCCUCCUGGUGGGGGGACUUUGAUGCUGGCCAGCCCCCCUGAGGGGGGCAUUGCGGGAUUUUGGCAGGAGUUGCUGGCACUGCUGAAGUGUGUGGAGGCAGAGAUUGCAAACUACGAGGCCUGCCUCAAGGAAGAGGUGGAGAAGAGGAAGAAGUUCAAGAUUGACGACCAGAGAAGGACCCACAACUAUGACGAGUUCAUCUGUACCUUCAUCUCCAUGCUGGCCCAGGAAGGCAUGCUGGCCAACCUGGUGGAGCAGAACAUUUCGGUGCGGCGGCGCCAAGGGGUCAGCAUCGGCCGGCUCCACAAGCAGCGGAAGCCCGACCGGCGGAAACGUUCGCGCCCUUACAAGGCCAAGCGCCAGUGAGGACUGCUGGCCCAUACUCUGCAGCCCGCUCUUGCCGCGUGGCCCUCACAGGGGCCCCCUCCCUGCCCCGCUCCCCCUCUUCCCAGUAUUACUGAAUAGUUCCAGCCAGAGAGCCCAGCCCCUGGGAGUGGGAGCCAGGCUGGAUUCCAUGCGUUGCCCAGGGCCCGGCAGGGCAGGGCAGCCCCUCGUGCUCUGGAAGCAACAGCUGGCGCUGGGGCGCAGUGAGGUGCUGCGGCUGCAUCCACAGCCGGCUGUGGAGUGGCAGGACCUGGCCUUUCUGCCUCAGCAGCAGAGUAUAUAUUUUACCUACAGAGACAUCUAUUUUUCUGGGCUCUAACCCGUCUUGCCACCACUGUGUUGACACAGCCAGCUUCCUGACUGCAUUCUUUCCAACAGUUGUCAUCCUGGUGGGCCCAGGUCCCCGCCUCGUGCUGGAGCCCUGACUGCAGGGUCCCAGCUGGGCGCCUGGGUGGGCGUCAGGCCCUGCGGCUCUAGCCCCAGCCACUGGUCGUCCCUGUUGUGAGGAAGCCAGGUCUGCUUUUCCUUCCAGAAGAGCUCCAAACUCAGGGACCCAGCUGCUGGGCUGGAUUGGGAGCAGGGUGUCCUAGUAGGGGUGGAAUGAGCAGCCCGCUGGGGUCCCACAGCCUGCGCAGAGAGAAGUGUUCCAGCUGUUUAUUGGCCUGUAAGCUCCCCUCCCGGCUUCAGCCGCGCUUGUCAAGACUGCUGUCUGCACCAAGGCUCUGGGGCUCUUUGGCUUCAGUGUUGUAGCCCUGGCAGUGGGCCUGCCUGGGGCUCCUGGGCUCUGUCCCUGGAGCCUGGGGUUCAGAGGAGCCCCUGCCCAGCCCCUCAGUAUUACCACAUCUCCCUCCUCUUAGGGAUAGCAGAGACAGGGCUGCUCGCAGGAAGCUGACGCCACUCGGCUCUCCGUGCCGCACCAGCUUCUUGAGCCUCUGCAAGGCACUCAGGGUGGGGGACAGCAGGACUAAGACAACCCGCUGGAGCCCCAGCGUUCCCAGAGGGCCUAAUGCCAAGGGCAACGGGCCCAGCACUGUCUGUGGAGCUCAGGCCCCAACAGAGCCCCAUGGCCUCUGCCAGAUGGCCUCGAAGGUGAUCUAAGCAGGCCCCUUAUCUGUACAUAGUGACCGGGGCAGGGGAUGGCUGGCCAGUGUAGCAGCCGCCUCUGUGCUGAGCACAGCCUGACUUCUCUGGCCCCUGUAAAUAUUGCAUCAAUGAAUGAAUAAAACUCUCCUAAGAAAUGAA